GCCUAAUGUAGUCGGACACUUUCUGGGAGGCAUGAUCGCAGCAGAGAUGGCGGCGCUAAGACCUAACAGCGUUGGCAAACUGUGAUGGCUGCGCCCGCAGGGAUAUGGCUGGAAGAUGAUCCCGGCAUUGACUACUUCGCAACGCCGAUGGAGGAACUACGCGGCAUAUUGUUCGCUGAGCCGAAUUCGGACGCCGCGAAGUCUGUGCUGCCUGAACCUGCGGACGACCUAGAGCGCGGUACUCAGAUUUUGGAGCGGGUGCGCUCGCUGGCGACUGUGGGCAGGUUCCUAUGGCCGAUACCGGAUAAGGGGCUGAAGAAGCGGAUGCCUCGUAUCACUGCGCCGACGUUGGUCGUCAUUGGCGAACAGGACAGGAUUGUGCCGGCGUCUUAUGGCGACGAAUAUGCAAACGGCAUCGCGGGAGCAUCAGUGCAGAUCAUAGCGGGCGCUGGGCACAUGCUGAUGAUCGAACGGCCGGGUGAGUUCGCGGAGGCGGUGACAGGGUUUCUGCAGUAG